UGUUGGCAGGAGUGACCAGAAUAAAAACAGCAACACCAGACAUAGAGGGGGAAAAAAAGCAAAGUGAUCUAUUGAACCACAGUCUUUGCCCUCUCUUAAUUACGUAGAGUCUCAUAUCUUUUCCCUUUUUUUCACCUUUUUCCCCACUCUUAAAGACUCGUGGCUUGUAGUAAUUAGUUAGAAGAGAAUAAAACCAGCUGAUCGGGAGAGGGGUGGUGCAUUUUCGAGUGAGAUGGCUAACAGAAACAUGCUGUUGCUCUUCUGUGGACUCUUCCUCUUAGCACUGAUUCAGCCCUCUCUUCAAGGAGGUGUGUAUGUGCCACAAGGUGCUGGGAUUGGACCAGGAGGCACUGGACCAGGAACUGGAUACUAUCCAGGGGCUGCUGGAGGAGUCCCUGCGGGCUAUAAACCAGCUAAAGCUGCAGGAGGUUAUGGAGGUGGAGCACGUGGUCUGGGGCAAGGUGGUCUGGUACCAGGAGGUGUUGGACAUGGUGGCUUGGGCCUUGGAGGACUGGGAGCAGGAGGUGGUGGUGGAAAGCCCCCUAAACCAGGUUAUGGCAAUCUAGGAGUUGGUCUUGGAGAUGGAGGCCUGGGAGCCGGAAGCUAUGGAGGAGGUGGUUAUGGUGGAUAUGGUGCCGGCACUGGGGGCUUUUUCCCAGGAGUUGGACAGAAGGCGGCUAAAAGAGGUGCAGGAGGAGGCCCUCUGCUACCACAUGGAGGAGGAGUUCCCGGAGGUACAGGAACUGGAGCCGCAGUGCCCGCUGGAGUACCUGUUAUUCCUCAGACAGGCCUUCCAGGAGGGGGUGGUGGUGUUGGUGCUGGAAAGAAAGCUGCCAAAGUGCCAGGUGUGGGUGUGCCUGGACUUUACCAAGGUGGACUGGUGCCAGGACAAGGGUUUGGUGGACGUGGCGUGCUGCCUGGAGUGGCCACAGGAACUAACCUAAAUGCCAAGUCAAUUGGAGGGGGAGGACAAGGAGGUCAAGGACCAGGAGGCCGUGGGUAUGGUGGGCCGAUGCAGCCAGGAGUUUUCCAUGGAUACCCUCUCAAAUCACCCCAAGUGCAAGUUCUUUUUUCUCCAGCAUACAGACAGUCUUACUCGCCUUAUGGUCUGAUAACCAAUGGGCACUUCUAUGGGUACCGUGCUAAGAUUUAUGGUGGCUAUGGAGCAAAAGCUGGAGGUGGCAAACUACCUUUAGGUUACGGCUUCGGCACUGGCGCUGGACUUCCAGGAGGAGUAGGGGGCGCUGGGUCAAUUCCUGGAUAUCCUGUUGGAACCGGAGUGGGGCCCGGGGGCAUCUCACCUGCUCAGGCUAAAGCUGCCAAAUAUGGUGCUGGUGGUUUAGGAGGUUUAGGUGGCUAUGGCGGUGCUGGUGCUGGUGGUGUUGGAGGUGGCACUGGCGGACUGUAUCCAGGGCAGGUGCCAGGAGGAGUGGGGGCCGGGGGCAUCUCACCUGCUCAGGCUAAAGCUGCCAAAUAUGGUGCUGGUGGUUUAGGAGGUGUAGGUGGCUAUGGCGGUGCUGGUGCUGGUGGUGUUGGAGGUGGUGGUGUUGGCGGUGGCACUGGUGGACUGUAUCCAGGGCAGGUGCCAGGAGCAGGAUAUGGAGCUGGGUCCAAGGCUGCUAAAUAUGGAGUACCAGGGGGAGUACCAUGGGGAGUACCUGGGGGUGUACCAGGGGGAGUACCUGGAGGACUACCAUGGGGAGUACCUGGGGGUGUCCCAGGAGGAGUACCAGGGAGGCUACCGGGAGGUGCACCAGUGUUUGGUGGAUAUUCACCAGCAGCCAAGGCCGCUAAAUAUGGACUAGGACUCGGAGGCACAGGAGGACAAUUAGGGACUGGCGGACUCGGAGGCACAGGAGGACAAUUAGGGACAGGAGGACUCGGAGGCACAGGAGGACAAUUAGGAACAGGAGGACUUGGAGGAGGCGGAGGAUAUUCUGCUGCUGCCAAAGCUGCUAAAUAUGGACUAGGACAAGGAGGCACAGGAGGACAAUAUGGGACUGGCGGACUAGGAGGGACAGGAGGACAAUUAGGAACAGGAGGACUCGGAGGCACAGGAGGACAAUUAGGGACAGGAGGACUCGGAGGAGGUGGAGGAUAUUCUGCUGCUGCCAAAGCUGCUAAAUAUGGAGUAGGGGGACAUGGAGGCACAGGAGGAUUUGGAGGAACAGCCGGACUGGGAGGCACAGGAGGAUUUGGAGGAACAGCCGGACAGGGAGGCACAGGAGGAUUUGGAGGAACAGCAGGACUUGGGGGCACAGGAGGAUUUGGAGGAACAGGAGGAUACUCUGCUGCUGCCAAAGCUGCUAAAUACGGACAAGGGGGACUGGGAGGAGCAGGAGGACUGGGAGCUGGAGGACUGGGAGCCGGAGGACUGGGAGCUGGAGGACUGGGAGCUGGAGGACUGGGAGCUGGAGGACUGGGAACUGGAGGAUACUCUGCUGCUGCUAAAGCUGCUAAAUAUGGUCAAGGUGGUGCAGGGGGAGUUCCAGGUGGUGGUGUAGGUGGAGGAGGAGUUCCCGGAAGAGUCCCUUUUUUCCCAGGAUAUGGAUCUUUGGCAGCCGGUGCUAAACCUCCUAAAUAUGGAGUCCCAGGAGCAGGCUUAGGAGGAGGCGGAGUUCCAGCGGGAGCAGGACAGGUACUUCCUGGUGGUGGCGGCUAUGGUGGUUAUGGAGCUGGUGCUGGAGUAGUACCAGGACAAGGAGUUGGACAAUACUAUGCUGCCGCAAAAGCUGCUAAAUACGGAGUUCCAGGAGGAGCUGGAGCAGGGUUAGGAACAGGAGGACUGGGAGGAACAGGAGUACAGGGAGGAGCAGGAGGAGUUCCUGGUUUGGUACCAGGACAAGGAGCUGGACAAUACUAUGCUGCCGCAAAAGCUGCUAAAUACGGAGUUCCAGGAGGAGCUGGAGCAGGGUUAGGAACAGGAGGACUGGGAGGGACAGGAGCUCAGGGAGGAGCAGGAUUAGUUCCUGGUUUUGUACCAGGACAAGGAGCUGGACAAUACUAUGCUGCCGCAAAAGCUGCUAAAUACGGAGCUGGAGCAGGGUUAGGAACAGGAGGAACUGGAGGAGUUGGACCCGGGGUUGGAGCUGAAGGAUAUCCAGGCGGUGUGAAACCACCAAAAGGAGGCGUCACCGGAGUAGGACUUGACGUGCCAGGAGCGACUCCAGGUACAGCUGUCGGUGGAGGCCCAGAUGGUUCUGCUGUUUUGGUACCAGCAACGGAUCUAGGUCCUGUUGGAACUGCUAGACCAGAGCCCACGCCUAUUGCCGCAACUGGCAAUACCCCAGAGGUCCCACGGCCCAGCGUUGCUGGUGGAAUUCUUCAGCCUAGUGCUGGCACAAGUGUUGGUGGAGCAGGAGUUGCACCCUCUGGUGCUGGAACCGGUUUCCAACAACCUGCUGGAGGUGUUGGUGUUGGCACAGGUGGCAAAGCACCUAAACCAUUCUUCCCAGGUACAGGAGUAGGUGUUGGUCCAGCCGCUGGUGGAUACCCCUAUGGUGGAUACCCCUAUGGUGGAACCUAUGGAGCUGUGGGAGGAGCAGGAGGCGGAGCAGGAAUCCCACUGGCAGCAGGAGGCGGAUACAGGCCAUAUCAACAUGGUUAUGGUUAUGGUCAUGGUGGGUUGACGUAUCCCUCUGGAGUCGGACUGGGAGCUGCUGGUGCUGGUGCUGGAGCUAAACCACCUAAACCAGGCUAUGGCAAUCUUGGAGGUGGCGGUGGGUAUCAGCAAGGUGUGGCUCCUGUGGCUCCUGGUUACGGUGGAGGAGGUUACCCUCAACAGUACUACCCAGGUGGAUACGUACCGGCCCCACUGACUCCUCAACAAGCCAAAGCAGCGAAGUACGGUCCAUUGCAGGGCUUCCUUGGUGGUGCAGGAGGAGGAGGAGGAGGAGGAGGAGUCUACAGAGGUGGAGUCGCAGGAUGCCAGGGCAAAUACUGUGGGAGGAGGAAGUAGAGGAUCUCUUGUGUAACCUCAAGAAACCAUGGUGCUACUGCAUGAUCUAGAAUGUACAUUUUAUAUGCAAACAAACCCCAUUAGAAAACAUGUAAAGUUGUUGUUUUUUUUUACUUGACUUCAACGUCUAUUUUUAAUACAAACCCACCGACCCAGAAUUUUGUACACGCUCUGAUGUGACGUACGUUAUUGAUUGUGCCUUUAUCGAUAAUGUGGUCAAGUUAAUCAGCUUUAACUCCCCCGCCCUACUGCACCAGCCUACUUUAAAUAUAAAGAGUGUGUGUCACUAUGUGUUGUUCUUGUGCGUGAAUGUGUGUGUGUGUAUGGUUGUACUGUUGUGCGAAAGACUGACUGAACCACCGGCUGCCAAUGUGACCUAUGAAUGAUCUCCCUUUCGUUUUUAAUCCUAAAGCAAGGUGAACUGUCCUCAGUGUCUCACCUCGCUGUGCAGAGCUUGUCAUCUCUCUGACAUGUCAGAGGAGUUGGGGUUGGUCGAGACUCAUCCAGAAACUGAAAUCUGGCCAAUCUCAGUGUCGUCUUCAGCUCCCCGUCUCCUCUGCUGCUAUUUUUAGGCCUGCUGGGUAUAAAGCAGCGGGAAUUGGGGCUCUGGCCAACCCAUCUGCUCUCAGUAACUUCGCUGAUUCUAGUUGCUAUGCAGUUCAGUUUUCUCAGCAUUUUUAAUGUUGCCAAACUUGUGAUGUAUGAAGAGCAGUUUGUGCUCUGAAGAACGACAUGCUGAAGACAAUCAAAGUCAUUACAGGAUGUUUAAAAACCACGCCAAAGCAGUGCUGCCUUUUACUUCUAAGUAGAUUAGAAUGUAACUCAGAUAUAGCAUGUACAUUAUGUAUGUGUGAAUGUUUUAAUUAUGUGUCUGGAAUAGUCUGCUUCAAAUGUUUAGUCUCAUUCAUUUAUGUAACUUAUCAUUACAUGAUUAUUCAAGAUUUUUUUUGCACCAUGCUUUGACUCAUAGCUUUAUUGUUAUCAGGAAUGUGUGAACAUAAAAUGAGAACAAUCCUUUGCUUUUGCAUUUAAUCACUGUUUAGAAUUGUAAUAAACGUUUGUUUAAUGGGAGAGCUCGAAGUGUUAAUGUGAGGCAGAAGCUCCCGUUGUUCUUCAUUUUACUUGAGCUGCUUUUAAAAAAAAAAAAGGCUUACUGACAAAAUGUUCAUCAGCGCUGUUGCCAAGUGACCCCAUCUCUCUCUCUGUAAUUGUGUACUGUAUUAUUUUGUACUAAUUUGAUAUUCGCUGGCUUCGGUUCCUUCACUCGGUGCUGUGUAAGAAACGUUUUUGAGCCUCGCCGGGUCAGACCUUGUCUUAUGUGCCGUGGGAUACUCUUCAUCUUUAUUUAAAACUGUUUUUUAUAAGGAGGAACAGUGUGGUUUUGCACUUUUUAUAUUUCCACGACACACAUGUGACUUGUUCCUGGAAUCCAGCGUUCAUUUGCUUCAUUAGAUAACAAAAUAAAAUGUGUUAAAAGAU